AUGUGGACCUCCGGUACGCUCUCGACGUUGCUGUUGACUUGUGCGUUCUCCAAGCUGAGCGCCGCCGACUUCUGGGUCUCGCCAAAUGGGAACGAUGCCAACGACGGGAGUGAAGCAUCACCAUUCGCAACGCUAGAUGCCGCCCGGCAAUCUGUCAGACGAGUCAAUUCAAGCCUGCAGUCCGACUUGUUCGUGAACGUUCUGCCUGGAACUUAUUAUCUCGACAAACCUCUGACCUUCGAGGCUGCUGAUUCUGGAUCCAAUGGUCGCCGCGUAGUCUGGCGCGCCACGGGCGAUGGAGUGAACAUUUCUGGCGGAACUGCAGUCACAGCCUGGUCUGUUCAUGACGCUGGCAAGAACAUUUGGAAGGCCAGCGUACCACAAGGGUCCCGGUCUCGCCAUUUGUACGUGAAUCAGAAGCAUGCAACGCGAGCACGUCAACAACUUGCCCGAUCUGAUUUGAGGCUCACCUCGAACGGAUUCGCAAUCGCGAAUCCUGAUCGACAAUACUUGGCCAGACUCCCGGGCAUCGAAAAAGGCGAGCUUCGCAGUAGAGCUUCUUUCACUGAUCGCUACAUACCAAUCGAGUCCGUCAAUGGCAACGACCUCAUCAUGGCUAAUCCUGCGUUCAAAAACAACAUUAUCGGCUUUGACACGUUCACCGUACCUGCCCACGAGGGUGCACUCUGGCUUGCCAAUGUGCUAGAUCUUCUGGACGAGACGAAUGAAUACUUCUUGGAUGAGGACGCGUCGGUCGUCUAUUACAAGCCUGAUGCUGCCGAUAUGUCGAACCAGAAUGUGGUCCCACCUCGGCUGGAGUAUCUCUUGGCCCUUGCUGGCACGUACGAUGCUCCUGUCCAUGACCUCACGUUCCAGGGUUUCAAUUACAUGCACACAACGUGGAACCAACCCUCUACCAAUCUUGGCUAUGUGGACCAACAGACUGGUGGAUACAUUGGCAGAAACAAGGUCUACGACGUCUUCGAAUCCUCAAGACCAUUCUGGUACCAAGUCCCAGGCUCUAUCCAGGCCAGCGCAGUGAAAGAUGUCUCAUUCCGUGGCGGCAGUCUCACUGCCAUCAUGGGCGGUUUCGGUAUCGGCAAUGAUGCGAAUGCUCAUGCCUCACAAGUCGGUCUCGGAGCAUCAAAUGUUGACAUUACUGGCAUGCUCUUCAAACAAACCGGCGCCAACGCCAUCACGGUUGGUGGUAUUCAAGCCGAUGCCCACCAUCCCAGCGACCCAAGGAUGACCGUACAAGACAUCACAAUCACGGAGAACAUUUUCACCGACGUGGCUUACACUUUCCAGUCCUGCGUGCCGAUAUUCGUCACGUAUCUCACAGGAGCUAAAAUCACCUACAACGAUAUCUACGACGUUCCUUACUCUGGUAUUUGCUACGGUUAUGGAUGGGGAGCCAAUGACCAGGGUGGUAGCGAUGAAUACGAGAAACGGGGUCUCUACCAAUACCAGCCCAGAUAUGACACGCCUACUACGCUGAAAGACGGGCUCAUUUCCAACAACCUCAUCCAGCGAUUUGGAACGGUAAUGACAGAUCUGGGAGCAUUCUACACCUUGGCAAAGAGCCCCGCAACGAGCGUGAGGAACAACUGUGUCGCUCAAAGUGUGGGAUUCGCCGCCGUUUGCACCGAUGAGGGUUCUCGUGACUACGUUGUCAAAGAUAGUACUUUUUUGACAGGCGGCUUUUGGCUGAAUCGAAACGAAAGACCUGGUUAUACGACUGGAAACCUCACUUUCACCAAUCUUGCAGUCCAGGCCGAUCCUCAGAAUGGUUCGAACCAGUGGGGCGAUACCGUUUCGAAUGUUAUUCAAGUUGACGACCAAAACAGUCUGCCCGAUGAGUUCAAGGGCUACUGCAUCAAUGCUGGUAUUCCGCAAGCUCAGCGUGGCAGUCGACCUGCUCAUCGCGGCCCUUUCCAAUAG